AUGGCGGCAGAAGGGGAUGUGCCCGUGGCUACGAGACGGCCGGUGCCGAAGCUGUUGGCGUGGGCUCCUCCGGCGCUGGCGCGGGGUUCGUUGCGAUGCCUUGGGAUGCUGCAGCUGGGCGCUGCCGAUGGGAACGCGGUUCUAAAGGGCUCUGAUGAUGCUCUUGGAGCGGAUGAGCUCUUUGCACCAGCUCCCAAGCCCAAAAGCUGCUUGCUGGUGCUUCACUCCAAAGUCUUCCUCAUCUACAACGCGGGUGCGCAGGGCUGCCUGGAGACGAAGGACUCGCUGGUGAGACUCGCCAAGGGCUGCAACGCCAGCGCCCCGGCCCAGCAGUGGAAAUGGGUCUCGCGAAAUCGCCUCUUCAACGUGGGGUCCCUGCAGUGCCUGGCGGUGUCGUGGCACGGGGCCAACGCCACGGCCGGGCUGCACCCCUUGGCCACCUACGAGUGCGACCGCGAGUCCGUCAACAUGCGCUGGAGCUGCCGCGGCCUCGGGGAGCAGCUCUCCCAGCAUCUCGGCGCCCGCCCAGGCAAUUCCUCCCUGGACAGGGGGGACCAGGCACGCGGCUCGCAGUGGAGGAUGUACGGCACCGAGGAGGAUCUGUGCUCCAUGCCGUACUCUGAGAUUUACACCAUCCAGGGCAACUCUCACGGGAAGCCGUGCACCAUCCCCUUCAAGUACGAUAACCAGUGGUUUCACGAGUGCACCAGCACGGGGCGGAUGGACGGCCAUCUCUGGUGUGCCACCACCCAGGACUACGGCAAGGACGAGCGAUGGGGCUUCUGCCCCAUAAAAAGCAACGACUGCGAGACCUUUUGGGACAAGGACCACCUCACCAACAGCUGCUACCAGUUCAACUUCCAGUCAACGCUGUCGUGGCGGGAGGCCUGGAAUAGCUGCGAGCAGCAAGGGGCCAAUCUGCUGAGCAUCACCGAGAUCCACGAGCAGACCUACAUCAACGGGCUGCUGACGGGGUACAGCUCCACGCUCUGGAUUGGGCUCAAUGACCUGGACAUCAAUGGAGGCUGGCAGUGGUCGGACAACUCACCCCUGAAGUACCUCAACUGGGAGAGCGACCAGCCCGACAACCCCAGCGAGGAGAACUGCGGGGUGAUCCGCACCGAGUCGUUCGGGGGGUGGCAGAACCGCGACUGCGGCAUCGCCCUCCCCUACGUCUGCAAGAAGAAGCCCAACGCCACCGCCGACCCCUUCCUGACGGACUCGUGGUCGGAGGUGAAGGUGGACUGCGAGCCCAGCUGGCAGCCCUUCCAGUCCAACUGCUACCGCCUGGUGGGAGAGAAGAAGAGCUGGCAGGAGGCGAAGAAGACCUGCCUGCGGAGCGGGGGGGACCUGGUCAGCAUCCACACCCUCUCCGAGCUGGAGUUCGUCACCAAGCAGAUCAAGCAAGACGUGGAGGAGCUCUGGAUUGGUCUAAAUGACCUCAAGCUGCAGAUGAACUUUGAGUGGUCGGAUGGGACGCCCGUGAGGUUCACGUACUGGCACCCCUUCGAGCCCAACAACUUCCGCGACAGCCUGGAAGACUGCGUGACCAUCUGGGGACCGGAAGGGAGGUGGAACGACAGCCCAUGCAACCAGACCCUGCCGUCCAUCUGCAAAAAGCCCGGUCGGGUGAGCCAGGAGAAGGAGGAGGAUGACCACGGGUGCCGAAAGGGCUGGAAGUGGCACAGCCCCUCCUGCUUCUGGCUGGGCGAGGACCGCGUCCCCUACAGCGAUGCCCGCAAGACGUGCUCCGACUACGGCUCCACGCUGGUCACCAUCACCAACAGGUUCGAGCAGGCGUACGUCAGCAGCCUCAUCUACGGGUGGGCCGGGACAGCGCUGCAGGACAUCAACGAGACGGGCGCUUUCCGCUGGCUGAGCGGCGACGAGGUCAUGUACACCCACUGGAACCGCGACCAGCCCGGUUACAACAAGGGCGGCUGCGUGGCACUGGCCACCGGCAGCUCCGUGGGGCUGUGGGAGGUGAAGAGCUGCAGCACCUUCAAGGCCAAGUACAUCUGCCGGCAGAACCUGGGCACCCCGGUCAACCCCGAGCUGCCCGGUCCCUACCCCACGCCCAGCCUCGCCGCCGCCUGCCCCUUGGGCUGGAGCUCCGACUCCAAGCUCCGGUACUGCUACAAGGGGAUGCAGGAGAAGUGCAGGGAAUUGGGUGUAAUUUGGGGGUGGGAGUCGGAGCCGGAGCUCCACGAGCAGCACUGGUUCUGGAUCGGCCUGAACCGGCGGGACCCGGCGGGGGACAGGAGCUGGCGGUGGAGCGAUGGGCUGGGGUUUUUCUACCACAACUUUGACCGCAGUAACUACGAUGACGACGACAUCCGGACCUGCGCGGUGCUGGACCUGGCCUCCCUGCAGUGGAUGCCGAUGCAGUGCGAAGCCCAGCUGGACUGGAUCUGCAAACUGCCCAAAGGUGCCGACGUGAAGGAGCCGGAGAUCACGACCCAAGGUGCGUUGGCAGCGGCCACCAACUGCGUGGUGGUGUGGCACGGCUCACCUCCCCACUUCACGGGGCGCUGGGACGACCGGAGCUGCUUGGAGGAGAAGCACGGUUACAUCUGCCAGCGGAGCAUAGACCCGUCCCUGAGCCCCACGCGGACGCCGUACCCCCCCUCGCCGACCGGCACCCUCUUUUACCACAACAGCACUUACCGCAUCCUGCAGAAACCCCUCAGGUGGCACGAGGCGCUGCUGCUCUGCGAGACCCUCAAUGCCACCCUGGCCACCAUCCCCGACCCCAACAGCCAGGCUUUCCUCACCCAGGCCGUCAGCAGCCUGCGGGCUCCGCUCUGGAUCCGGUUGGGCAACGACUACAUGGACACGGACGGGAGCUGGCGCACGGCCGGCUGCGACACCAAGCUGCAGGGGGGCAUCUGCCAGCUCCGAGCAGGUGCCCCCCGCACGCACAAGUGGAGCUACAGCGGCAGCUGUCCCAAAUCGCUGGAGGACUCGUCCUGGAUCCCCUUCCGGGACCACUGCUACACCUUCCACAUGGAGAUCACCCUGGGGCAGAAGGAUGCCAUGAGGAGGUGCCAGAAAGUCGGUGGCACGGUGUUGUCCAUCCAGGACGAGAUGGAGAACGUCUUCGUGUGGGAGCAUCUCCAGGCAUACGAGGGCCCGUCCAAGGGCGCCUGGCUGGGCAUGACCUUCAACCCCAAAGGUGGCACCUUGGUUUGGCAUGACAACACCGCCGUGAACUACUCCAACUGGGGCCAGCACGACACGGGGCCCAGCAUGCUCAGCCAGAACAGCUGCUACUGGAUCCAGAGCAGCAACGGCGUCUGGCGCCUGGGCUCCUGCACCAACAUCACCAUGGGGGUCAUCUGCAAGAUCCCCCGAGUGGAGGAGAGCAGCUUUUCCAGGGCAGAUCUGCCGGAGAACACGACGGCCAUCGCGGUGGUGGUGCUGUCGACGCUGGCGCUGUGCGCCGUGCUGGCCGUCGCUGUCUACCUGUACAAGCGUCGGCGGAGCGCGGAGCGAGGCGCCUUCGAGAGCGCCCGCUACAGCCGCACCACCUCCAACCCCAGCGAAUCGGCCGAGAAGAACAUCCUGGUGUCGGACAUGGAGAUGAACGAGCAGCAGGACUAA